UUCAGGCUGUUUUGAUACUUAGGGUUAGGGCUACUCUCAGUCUGGUUUCUCCUCUGCUGCAUGGUUAGAAAAGGCUGAAAGCUCAGGGAAACAGACAGGGCUUUACCAUGAAGAGCCUGAGUCACCUGAGUGCAUGCUCACCCUCAGACAAAUAUUUACAAGGACCUCGCUUACAUUGAUCACACUCAUUUCUUCAGCAGGUGGUCUCAGCAGCCCUGUGUGACGCCCUCUGUGAGUGGUGGUGGGCACAGAGAGUCCUCAGAGAGGAUGUUCCUAUGGGCAGGAAGCAAAGGAGCUCAGGGAUCAGGAAGUGAGAGAAGGACUAUUUAUCAGAAGGUCCGGGAGUAUGACGUGCUAGACAAGAGGAAGACAGUGACAGCGCUGAAGGCUGGGGAGGACAGAGCUAUUCUCCUGGGACUCAGCAUGAUCCUCUUCUCUGUGAUGAUGUACUUUGUGCUGGGCAUUACCAUGGUGCGCUCCUACUCAGACAGUGUGUGGACGGAGGAAUCCAGCUGCACUGUGCUCAACUCCACCAUCGUGGCGGAGAUUAACUGUACCUACAGCUGCGGCUCUGAGUGCUGGAAAAGCUCCAAGUACCCAUGCCUACAGGUGUUUGUCAGUCUCAACACAUCCGGAAAGGUUGUCCGACUCUCCCACAAUGAGGAGGCACAGGACACCAACCCAGAGUGCUUCUAUGUGCCCAAAUGCCAGAAGGACUUCAAUGCGAUCCACACUGUAGUCAUGAAAAUCUUGGAGCGUCUGAAAACACAGCAGCAGGUGCUGUGUUACAUGGACCCAGGUGAACAGCAAGACAGUGCUCUACUGACACGCAUCUAUGGACGAUUGGCAGUGUUCCACUCACUCUUUUGGCCAACCUGCACCCUCAUUGGUGGAACCAUCAUCAUCAUCAUGGUGAAGCUCACCCAGUACCUGUCCAUCAUGUGUGAACAGGUGGGCAGGAUCAAAAGGUGAGAGAAAGGCCAGGGACAGGGGCCAGGCUACAAGGCCAGGGGACAGGGGCCAGGCUACAGGGGCCAAGGGAUAGGCUACAGUAGCAGCACAAGGCCCUGGUUUUCAUACGCAGCCUAGGAACCUUAAGGAAGCUCUUUAUAUUCCAUUUGCGCUAAAGACUUGUGUAUGAGAGCUGAGAAACAGGGGAUCUGGGGGCUUAUAUUCCCCACAUGAUUCCUCUGGGUCUUCUGAGGAAAUCAAUAGGACUGAUAUGGGCUCCCGGCAGCUAUGUCAUGGCAGGUGAAAGUCAAAUGACUUUGGGGCACACUGAUUCUUCCUGGGAUCUCUUUUCUGCACCUCCAUAAGUGGCACAAUCAUACAAAGUGAUGGCUUGAAAGAAGUGGCCAACACUGGACCUAAUCUGCCCUUGAACCCCUAGUCAGCAUUGAUGAUCCAUUCACACUGUGACGACAAGGCAGUGACGCCAAGAGAGUUUGACCGAGACAACUAUGUCGAAGCAUUGUCCAAAAUACUGAUCUAAACUUGGCUCCUUGUGUUACUGGUAUUGGGUGGAGGGUUACACAACUACAGGCGGCUGGGGGCGACACCCAUAAACGAGGUGUUGACUAUCUAUGCUCUAACCCUGGGUCUGUAAAGACUCCAUUCCAAGCUAAUAGUUUGGGAUAAACACUUCCUUGCAAUAUGGUGUAGCAGUAAUUACAUAUCACAAUAGGUCUUAGUCACUAGGAUGCUUAGAUUGAAGUACAAUGCAACUUCCCAGGGCAACUGUUCAAUACAAAAUGCCUUCAUUUCUGGCCCUAAGACUGUGAUAGAUUGCUCAGCAUUUCAGACAGGAAUUCUACAGGACCUUCUCUGAAAUGGGUAGAUAUACUGAGGCAAACUGCAUUUUCAGUGCCUGGGCAUGGCUGCAUAAAACACCUUAGGUUAAUUUCCCCCUCAUCUUUUCCUUUAAAGUUUCCUUAACUUAAAUCAGUAGCGCAAAACAUUUUAAGGUGAAUUUCCCCCUUAAAUUUAGUGAAAAAGUUAAGGGUUCCAGUGAGGUCCUUUAAGUGUUUCAUUCACUAUGGAUAUCAAUGUAAACAGCAUUUGUGGAGGUGAAUGUUGCUUUCAUUUGCUCUGGUGACAAAAGGAAAACAUCAACCAGCUAGCUACUUAGCUAAACAAUGGAAGGUGCACAAUCCAUGGAUACAAAGAUAGCUGGCUAGUUAGCUAUAGCUACUCUGUAAACUACUGUGGCUUGACGUACUAUAAAGCAAUAAAAACAAGUUGAGAAAAAAGUAUCUACAAGAAACUCGGUUUAUUAUCUUCUGAAGCAAUUUGGUUAUCCUGUCUUGAUUGUAGAGGUUAUAUUUUGCUUUCUCACAAAAUCAAAGCAUCUCUUUGACCAGGCAUUUAUUCCGUGAAUCAGGCUGUCUCCAUGGUAACAAGAUACUCUUUCUGCCAUACAUGCCUUCAAACUACCAUAGAACCCCUUUAAGUAUGCCCUUAACUAAUACAAUAUUUGAGGGGCGCUAUGCAACGCCCUUAAACAAUUCCCUUAGGCAAGGGAAAAGUAUUCCUUAAGGUAAACCCUUAAAGGAAACUCUUAAGAUGUUUUAUAUAAAACAUCUUAAGUAAAUUCCUUACCUUUAAGUCAGUUGCCCUGGUUGCAAAAGGAAAAUAUCAACCAGCAAGUUAGGUGUAUAGCUACAUAGCUAAACAAUGGAAGGUGCACAAUCCAUGGCUAUAAAGCUAUCUGGCUAGCCCGCUAGCUACAUACUAAGUGCGUUAACUUGAGGUGCUAGAAAGUAAUAGAAACAAGUUGAGAAAAAGGUAACAGCAAGAAACGUGUUUUAUCUUCUGAAUCAAUGUGUUUCUCCUCUGUUGAAUGUAGAAGUUCUAUUUUGCGAUCUCCCAAAAUAAAUUUGAUAUUUGACAAGAGAUCACGUUCAGACAAUGAAUCAGGUCAUCUCCAUGGUAACCAGAGACGAUUACUGCCGUACAUGCCUUCAAACUACAGUAAACCCCCUUCAGUAUGCCUUUACCUAAGGGCAAUGAUUGAGGUGCUCUAUGCAACGCCCUUAUAGAAUUCCCUUAGGUAAGUGGAAAUGAUUACUUAAUAAGGGAAAGCCUUAAGGGAAACACAUAAGAUAUUUUAUGCAACCAGGCCCUGGAGCACACAUUUAUUUGAGAAGAAGCACAAAUCCAUGAUGGAAAUGAGUCAUGGCACGUUUUACCACAAAUAUUUACAGAAUGAUGAUUGCACACAUUCAGACCAAACGGGGUAAAUAUUGACAAUAUUUCAUUAUUGGUUCCAUGAUCACUAUUAUUACUGUUUGUUAAUAUUAUUUUGCUGUCACUGUCAUCAUAUGUGGUCAUCAGCAGUUUAUCCCUGACUAUAAUUGUUACAUUAUUGACUGUUGCUUACUUAUCAAUUGAUACAAACCAAUUGUAAAUGCAA